AUGUUAGGUACUCAUAAUUCCUAUCUAUUAGGAUCUAAUUCCGGCACGUUUUCUGAUGAGUGUUUAUCGGAUGAUAAUGAUGAUUCUACAAUUACAAAUGGUCAUUUACUCAAUCAUAAAAAUAAUAUGAAUUCAACAAACUCAAAUGAUGAUAAUAUUCGUCGAUAUCGAACAGCAUUUUCACGUGAACAAUUAGCACGGCUUGAAAAAGAAUUUCUUCGAGAAAAUUAUGUGAGUCGACCACGACGUUGUGAACUAGCAGCUGAAUUACAAUUACCUGAAUCAACUAUUAAAGUUUGGUUUCAAAAUCGCCGAAUGAAAGAUAAACGACAAAAACUAGCAUUUGCUUGGCCAGGUUAUCCUUCUGAUCCAUUUUCAUAUUUUUCGUACAUGUACGCAGCUGCUGCUUCGGGUUUUGUUCCAUCACAAUCAAAUAUGAAUCCAGUCGUACCACCAAUAAAUCCACUAGCAACAGCGGCUGCUCGUUUAGCCACUGCAAAAAUUCGAUCAAUGCCAUCAUCACAAGUACUUAAUGGAUCAACAGAUACGACAGCAUCCUGUUCAUCAGCAUCAUCACCAGCAUCAUCUAGUUCAUCACCAAAACAAAAUCAUCGUCAUCAUCAUGAUUCGCCUGUAAAACCAACAAUUAAUUUUGCUUUACCAGCGAUGGGUUUAGCAAGUUUUCUACCCAAUGUAGUGAAUGAAUCAACAACAAAUACAGCAAGCACAUGA